CCAGGGCACUGCCGCCACUUUCCCGGGUGCCCGUCAGGCCGGACCGGAUAGGGCAGGGUGGGGGGUGAGCGGGUAUACAUCUAGACCCCCAGCACUUUGCUCUCACACGGCGCCCGGCCGGGGCUCCAGGGUGGGAGAAAGUUUAGGGCAACCCUUGCCGCUGGGGUUGGGCAAACCCUGGACUGCGCCUCCCCGGGCCGAGAUAUGGAGCUGCUGUCGCCACCGCUACGCGACGUAGACUUGACGGGUCCCGACGGCUCUCUCUGCAACUUUGCUACAGCGGACGACUUCUACGAUGACCCGUGUUUCGACUCCCCGGACCUGCGCUUCUUUGAGGACCUGGACCCGCGCCUCGUGCACGUGGGCGCAUUUCUGAAACCUGAGGACUCCCACUUCCCUGCGGCUGUGCACCCGGCCCCCGGCGCCCGCGAGGACGAACAUGUGCGCGCGCCUAGUGGGCACCACCAGGCGGGCCGCUGUCUACUCUGGGCUUGCAAGGCGUGCAAGCGCAAGACCACUAACGCCGACCGCCGCAAGGCUGCCACCAUGCGCGAGCGGCGCCGCCUGAGCAAAGUCAACGAGGCCUUCGAGACGCUCAAGCGCUGCACGUCUAGCAAUCCUAACCAGCGGCUGCCCAAGGUGGAGAUCCUGCGCAACGCCAUCCGCUACAUCGAGGGACUGCAGGCGCUGCUACGCGACCAGGACGCCUGCUCCGACGGCAUGAUGGAUUACAGCGGCCCCACCAGCGGCGCCCGGCGACGGAACUGCUACGAUGGCUCCUACUUCAGCCAGGCGCCCAGCGAACCGAGGCCCGGGAAGAGCGCUGCAGUGUCGAGCCUCGACUGCCUGUCCACAACCCCUACCCCCGAUGUUGCGCCGCAGUGCCCCGGGGGCGCGAACCCCAACCCGAUCUACCAGGUGCUCUGAGGGUGUCGACGGCCCGUGUGGAAGGACGACGCUAUCCACCGCCCGAGGGAUGGUGCCCCUAGGGUUCCCUCGCGCCCAAAAGAUUGAACCACUGCCCCCAAUCGCGCUUUAAAAGCGACCCCUCGCGAGGGAGGAGAGGCGGGAGAACUGACGUGUUUCCGCCUUUGUACCCCAGAGCAAGGACACAGUCCUUUUUCCCCCACGCAGCACCCUUCCCUGAGACCCACUGCGAUGACCGGUCUGUGUUCCUCCGUGGGCCAGAGCUGAUCCUAGAGGGGCCAGGCCCUUCCUCUUCCUCACCCCUUUGCCGCAUGGGUGGGACUCGCGCAGACCUGGGCCCCAACCCAGACGCCCAGGUCCCUUAUGCGGUCCGUUGUCGGUCGUGGCCUCUCCUUUCGUGAGCCCUGGAGACAUCAGCUCUUUCCCACCCCCUGCGCGCCGAGCUCCCGUCCCAAGUGUAACAAGUGUAACGGUAACCUCUCCCACUCCCUAUUCAGGACCACUUUUUGUAAUACUUUUGUAAUCUAUUCCUGUAAAUAAGAGUUGCUUUGCCCGAGCAGGAGCCCCUAGGGCUGUAUUUAUCUCUGAGGCAUGGUGUGCAGUGUGAAAGGAACUUUGUAUGUUUAUACCAAAGGGGGGCGAGCCGCUGGCCUCGCUCAGG